AUGGAGGGACUUCCACCGCCGUCCAAGGCACCGCUAUUCCCUAUCGUGACAGCUGAUCAGAGGUCAGUUCUGGGCGUAGCAACUGCGGACAGCAUCAUUCCAACGCUGGACGUUUCUCUGCGCAUACUUGCUCGAAACGUUGCGAGGAGAUCGCUCGAAGCAAUUGACUAUUGUAUCAUUGCCGCAUGUAUAUUUGCAGUGGCGUUGGAAUCCGUCAGUAUCACAGGCGUUAUCCAAGGUGGAAUUGGAUGUGGACACACGAUACAGGUCAUCCAGGAAUCCGGACCAGAACCCGUACCCAAGCUUCUGAAGCUUCUCAUCCCUCUUCAAUUCCUCUGGGUUCUUAGCCUAAGCUUCUACAAAGUGUCUAUCCUCCUACUAUACUCAAGGAUAGGAAGAGGAGCUAUGGCAUUCAUCGCUGCAUGGGCAAUCGCGACCAUUAUUGCGGGCUGCACCAUUUGCCGUCUCUUCGCGUACAAUUGGGACCAGUCAAUCCCUGGCGGGGAGUGCGGUGACCAGGUCCUCUCAUUCACCAUCACUGGUGUGUUUUCAACCUCGUCCCUGACGUGUUGGUUGCUGUGCCUCCCCUUACCGUACCUGGCUAAACUGCAGAUGCAGCUGUACAAAAAAGUGAUCCUGAUUGGCGUAUUCAGCAUUGGUCUUCUUACGGCUCUGAUGGCACACCCGGGUAUCCUGCCAUCAAACACCACCGGCGCGUCGAAAAGCAGCGGACCCAGCGGUGGCCGUGGCUUCGAGCAGUUGAAUGACGACAGCUUGCAGAAUCAGCUGAGGCCGGUUGCUGGCAAGCAUUUCGCGGCGGUGAGUACAGCGAAGAAGCCCGCGUCUAGUCGGCUUGACAGGAGCGAUUUGGAGAGUAGCGAGGCGGUCGGUAUUACCGUUCAAGAACAUUGGCAUGUGGGCACUGAGAGAUGUUGA